AUGUGCUGCAACCAUCGCGUAACAUUCCCCAGAAGCGACCCUUUUCGCUUCUCCUUCUUCAUUCCUCCAAUCCGAUCCGACCCACUUCCCUCUUCAAUCUCCUUCCGACCCAGACCCGGACCCGCCUUCAGACCACUGAAAUCCAACUACAAUGAUACCAUUUCACUGUCUUCUGACAGCCCCGUCAGCUUCUACGAUCUUCUGGGCAUACCCGAAUCUGGGACCCAACUGGAGAUCAAACAAGCUUACAAACAGCAGGCACGGAAGUACCACCCUGAUGUGUCGCCUCCUGAUAGUGUCCAGGAGUAUACUGAGAGGUUUAUUCUGGUCCAGGAGGCCUAUGAAACGCUGUCGGAUCCAAGGAGGAGAGCUUUGUAUGAUCGCGACAUGGCUAAGGGCCUUCACCUCGCGUUUUCUGCCCGUGGCCAUUACAGAUUCGACGAGCAAAUGGAAGAGAAAAGUGAAUGGAAGAGUCGUUGGCAAUCUCAAGUAUCAGAGCUGAAGAGAAGAAGUACGUAUAAGAACUCCGGUGAUAACAUUUCGUGGGCAGCACGAAUGCGUAGGCAAAGGAAUCAAUCAUCAUCUUAA